GUAGAAUCUGAGGUCUUUCUUUGUCAAGGAGUGCUUUCCAGAGGGGUGGGAAGGCAUGGGGACUUAUUAGGAGAUUGGUAAAAGGGAGACACAGUGCCGCUGACACACACCUCAACGUUCUUCUUCCCUAAACGCCAGCCUGUUCCUGUGGGUGGAGCCGAGACUUGUCCUCUCCCAGACUCUGAUCCUGCGCUCCGCCUGCCUGGAAGGCUCACUCAUUAUCCACUCUGCAAGCGGCUAGCAGAGAAGCUGGUGGAAAAGAGAAAAUAAGGAGAGAACAUUUCAUCUCCUCUCUGACGUCUCAUGAACUUUUUAUAUAGUUUCUUUAAGCAUGUUCAUCAUUAUUUCUUUGAAACAAAUUCCUAGAUGUGGAAAUUUGAAAGACUGCUCCUCUUAGGACGUUAGAUACUAGUUGCCAAAUUAGCCUCGGAGGAUCUGAGCCUGUUUGCAUUUCCAUCCACAGUGUUUGGGAUUGUUGCUGUUAUGGCUGCUAUUAUUUUCUAUCUUGUCACAUUGUCUUUCUUUGCAUUUUUCUAAGAUUAGCAAGUUGAGCUUUUCACAGAUCCAUUGCACACGUGGCUUAUUCUCGAUUGCCUGCUCAUGCCUUUUGUUUAUUUAUUUAUUACUUAGAUGUUUGUUUGCCUUUUGCUCAUUUAUUUGCAAGGUCCCUAUACAUAUUACAAAUUUGAACAUAGUCAUCUAUGAGACGCAGCAUCUUUCGCAGCGAGGAACAGGACAUUGGAGUCAGACAAACUCUGCUUCGCCGCUGGAUACCUUGGGCUGGUUACUUAACCUCUCUGUGCCUCAUUCUCAUCUUUUAGGAUGAGCAGCCUAGUGAGGUCGUUCUGAAUGCUGUCGUGUGAUGAAGGGUCUUAAUGGAAGCCCUGGGGCCUUGCUCUGCCAGUCAAGCUGUCCUUCCGGCUCCCCUUGACUCUGCACUUGCCCUCACACUCUGUCCUUCCCGUGGGCGCUGUGGGUCACCCGGCCUCUAUCUUCUAGGAUCGCUUCAUGAAGCCUGCCAUCUGUUCUUAUUCCCCACUGCUGUUAUGGAUUAGCCCUUUUUGUAAUUUUUUUUCUGCCAAAUUUAAAGGAACUGGGAGUGAGGGGAGUCGAGGCCGGCUCCCCACGUGCCACCGUCGUGAAUCGCAAUUUACUCCUCUAACGCAAAAUGAAGCUGGAGACGCUCCUUGUCGCCUUGUCUUUUAAAAAUCUCAAGGAUGUUCACUGUCACCAGGGCCAUGGAAGAGGCUCUUCUUCAGCAUUUCAUAUGCCGGAAGUUGGAGAUUGCCUAUGCCAUACAGAAGCCAUUUCCCUUCUUCGAAGGUCUCCGAGACAAGUCCUUCAUCACUGAUAAAAUGUACAGGGAAUCACUGGAAGCUUGCACCAAUUUGGUCCCUGUGUCCAGAGUGGUGUACAACAUUCUCACCAAACUGGAGAAGAGUUUUAACCUGUCACUUCUGGUGACAUUGUUCAGCCAAAUUAACCUGCGUGAAUACCCCAACCUGAUGGAGAUUUUGGGAAGCUUCAGAAGUGUGGGUACUUCCUGUGGAGAGAGCAGCAGAGCCACACCCCUGCCACUCAGAGCCCCCGCAGAAGGGAGCAGCCUGCAGACACUGCUGGCGCUGACCCCUCCCGACCCUCCCUCACCGAGUCAUCUGUCCUGUGCGCCCAGAGUCAGUGAGCCCAGAGCGUCCUUGCAGCAAAUCCAUGUGGCACUGGAUGACCUGCCCAGCACUUCUGACCCUGCGGUGACUCCGCCUGACCCAGUCCAGGAAGGAAGAAGCACUCCAGUGGCCACUGACAACUUAACACCUGAAAUAAAGGAGGAAGAAGACUCACAAGAGACACCCAGCCCCCGCCCUGGCACUGUGCAAGUGGUACAAGAUGAUUCUCCAGAGUCAAAUGACCCAGAAGAACCCCGGGAGGCACCUAGCACACCUACAAAGAAGAAAGGAAAAAAAAUAAAAAGGAAUAACUGGUCAACUCCAAAAAAGAGAAGUCAGAAAAAAAGCUGCCCAAGAGAGGCAGCCUCACCGGGGCAUGGAGUCCAAAAGAAGCUCCCAGAGCUGGAUCAGGGGACUCAGAGGACGGACGGCUCAACCUGGAACUCGAGAGUGGUGACAAGGGCCCGAAGGGCGAGGCUGACAGGGGCCCUGGCGUCUGGAUCUGAGGAUAACCUUGAGGAUUUUCUCUCUCCUGAACUUCCCGUGACCUGCGGUACAGCGACAGGGAUCUUAUAUAAGGAGAAAAUGAAGCCAGGCUCCUCAGAGAAGUGCAUUCAGGAUGAAGACGGAGCGUGGUUCACACUACAAGAAUUUGCGAUUAAAGGAAAAGGGAGACACGCAAGAAACUGGAGGUGGACUGUGCGUUGCAAGGGCAAGACCCUGAGUCAACUGCUGGAAGUGCUGCGCGAACCAGAGACUGCCAGAAUGGACUUUGGUUCUGUCCUCCAGGAAUAAACCUCAAGAGAGAAGUAAAUGGCAGGUGUUCCUCCCACAUUUCUGGUCACCUGGUUGCAGACUUUCCAUGUCUGAACUCUGAGCCCCUGAGCAUCCCAGCUCAGAGCCACCUCCUCAUUUGGGCAGGGCUAUUCACACUGCUGCUGCU